UUCAAAAGCUGGCCCGCCAUGAUUGUUUUCAACCCGACUUCGUCAGUUGGGCCGUAGUCCCCGGUCGGCAGGAACAACUGAUUUUAAGUUUUUUUGUUUUUUUUUGGAAACUUUUUUUAAACUGCAAGUAAGUCUACGCCGACAGAACUGAGUAUAUGAGCACCAUGGAGUCUCGCUUUGCUCACUUGCGCCAGCGGGACAGCAGUGUGUCCAUGCUGAGGGUCAAGAUGUCCCGCAGAAGAUCUCAGUCCCAGAAGGAGAACCGAGAGCGGGUCAUGAACUGUCGCAGGCAGCUUGACAAUCUGCCUGAGCUGGAGAGCUCUUGCCUGGAUGCCUCCAUAAUGACGGUCAACAUGUCAACCGUUGAGAACAAGGCACCCAACAAUGCAAAAUACGUGGCUGCAACUGAGAGGAUGAAACAACUUGAACGUUGGAAAGAACGGAAGGCACUUGAGAAGGAGAAAGAAAAGAGGGAAAAGGAACGUAAAGGAGUAUUCAAGACAGGUCUCUAUCAGCCGAAGGACACGUUGGCCUUUGGCUCUCUGCCUCCGGUUCCAGCUGCCAUAGCCAGAGCUAAGGAGGUGAAGAUGAAAACAGUUCAGGCUACCAGAAUAACCAGAUCUAUGAAACAACAGCAGCAGCAAGCGCAGAAGCCACAAAAGGAACAGGACCGAAGCAUUGUAAUGAAAAAAGUUGAACCCGUUGUGGAGAGAUUAACCAGAAGCCGGGUAGCUGUUCAUCCAUUACCAGCACCCGCUCUAACCAGGAAUAAAGCCUCUACAGAGCCGGCUGUGCGCGCUCUGUCGACCAGAUCAGCCAACAGGCCUCCUGUUGCAGCAGUUCCUCUGGGUAAAGACCAGUCCAAGCCCAAGGAGAAGUCUGCUGCAGAGGCAAGAGUUACAAGGGCCAGAACAAAUGUCAAGCCUGCAGUCCCCCCUUCUGGCAGAGAGAAAAACUGCAAAGUCCAACCUGCUGGGCCAAAGGAGCCUGAAGUCAAAGAACCAGAGCAGAAGGCUCGCCCUGCCAGCCCAAUAGCCUGUGAGGACGAGGAGGAGAGAAUGAUGGUAGACCAAGCUCCAGCCGAGUCUGUACCUUCCCUGGAUCCCACUGCUCCACCAUGCUCUUUUGCCCCUCAAGGCUUUGUAUUCCAAGCUCCUGCUGGUUUGUCCUCCUUCAGAUUUGAGCCUCUCACCCCUCGUUCAGCGGAUUCCUUCCUUACGCCCAGUUCCAGCUUCAAUCUUCCCUCUGUCCCUCCUCCCUGCUUUGACUUUGAGCCCCAGGCUGACCUGAGUGGACCUCCUGCCCCCAAGUCCCCCCAUCACUCUCCACCUCUCCCGUCUCCCACACCGGCCUCUCAGACUACCACCAGCCCCCAAGAGCCACAGCAUGACGUGCCAUACUUUAGAUCCGAAGUCACCAAUGAGACUGAGAGACUGAUGAGUCUCUGUGCCCACUGGGAGUCUAAAGUAGAGGAUGAGUCCAUCCCAGAAGAGAUGAGAGAUCGUAUGCGUACAGUUGUUGGCCAAGCAAGGCUGCUGAUGAAGGAGCGUUUUAACCAGUUCAGCGGUCUGGUGGAUGACUGCGAGCUGGGCCGAGGAGAGAAGAUCACCACCUGCACUGACCUGCAGGGGUUUUGGGACAUGGUAUACUACCAGGUGGAGGACGUCCACAAGAAGUUUGACGCCCUCAAAGAGGCAGAGGCCCGAGGCUGGGUCGAGGAACACAAGCCCCCACCAAGGCAGAGGAGAGCAGUCAAGAAACCACCUUCUGCUACAGCGGCCAAACCAGCAGGGAGCAGCGCAGCAGCCAAGUCUCGCCUGGCUGCAGUUAAGGCUGCCAUGAAGGCCAGACAGCAGGCGGCCGAGGCAGAGAAAGCAGCCAAGGUUGCCGUUAUCUCUGAAGAUGGUCCUGACCCAGGACCUCAGGACCAACAGCCCCCAGCGUUGGCCCCACCUCCAGACACUGUUGUGUUUAAUGGUGGUUUCUUUCAGAUUGAAAGCCCAGCCAAACUAUCAGGUUCAGUGAGGAGAUCCAGCCGUCUGAGUGCUGCUGUGUUGCCUCAGGCGUCCCCCUGCUCCUCCCUAACCCUAACUCCUGGAAAAAUCACCCGCCGAUCCACUGCUCUGUCUCAUGCCUCCCCUGCUCAUCUGGCUCACACACCUGCGCGCCUCAGGCAGAGCCCUCAGCCAAACACUCCUCAGCUAUCCCAUAACAGGAGGGACAAUGUGAAUGUUUCCCUCUCUUUCUCACCUGUCAAGGAAGUUUCUUCAGACAGCAUGCAACCUGAAGAACACCCUGAAAACCAGCUGGAGUCAGCCACUAGGCAGGGUGAAACCACCUUAGAUUGUAAUGAAGACACCAACCAACCUGAACAUUUUACAGUUCCUGAACCAAGCAGCCCAGUGAGGGAGCAGUCACUCCCAACCAUUUCUGUGGUCCAGGACCAAGAUGGAGCGCCUGAAACCACCAGUGCUAGCCUGCCUCUCUCUCCAUUCAAAUCUUCAUCUGCAUCUAGCCAUGUUCCCACGAGCCCCUCUACUCUGAGGUUGACCCUUUCCCCCUGCCUUGCUAACAGCCAGUCUCCUCUCUCCUCCCCCACUGUGUGUUCCUCUCCCCCUGCAGUCCAGAGCCCUGUGGAGGACCACGAGUCCAGGAGAAGUUCUCCAGACAGCUCAGUCAAUGAGAGUGUUCCUGGGUUGGACUUUGAGCGUUACUUCCAACCCUCACAGAGACUGAGUCUUUCACUGAGGGACACUGUAUCCUCAGAGCUGUUGUCACCGAUGGCAGUGGAUAUAGAGAUGGAGAGUCCCACAGCUCAGCGUGGGGAUCUGCAAACUCAGGAAGAGGAGAUCAUGAUGCCAACAACACUACCAGGGGCAUCUAGACUGACUCCACAGACACACCAGGCCCAGACAGCAGAGUCUCAUCUUCUCCUCUUCACCCCCGAUCUGAAGGACAGGAUACGCCAGUCUGUCUGCCCGAGUGACCUCAUGGUCUUCACACCUCCCUUCAACCAAUAGCGAAAGAGCCUAUCUCUGUUUUUGAUUUGAUUUUUUUUUUAUAUAUAUAUAUUGUGUAGACAUUGAGUGUUAUCCCUCUUGGAAGGGAAAAAAAAAUGUUUCUGGAGUGGCUGUGUUUUCCUCCACUUGAAUAAAAUUCUUUUAUUUCAAAAAGGAA